CAGCACUGGCUGGUUCUGUAUUUGAGAAUGUUGAGGUCAAGGCAGAUGUAGGUAAGUUGACCGAGUAUCUUUUCUCUUUUGACUCUCCGUUUCUGCUAACAUGUGGGUCAGUACCUGCCCUCAUGCCACAGACACACCCCCUCUGCACGCACCCCUUCAGAGCCUGCCCCCACCUUCUCAACUAGACUCCGUGUGUGUAUUCAGGAAAAAUGAAAAUAAAUCUGAAAAAAUUGGGAGUGGAGUGGGCAGAUGAGGGGGAACAAAGUCAUUUUGGUCAUGGAACAUCCAUUUGCUUAACCAAGGAGACUCUUCCCUGGGAAUGUUUGUUUCUGUCUCUCUCAAUUCUACUCUCUUUCAUAUUUUUAUUUGCUCACCCUUUCACUUAAAGCCUCCAUUUUCUCAUCCCGUUCUAGGAACUUAUUUCCAAAUUCUCCUGACUUCCUGAGUUUUGGAGUAUUUGUUUUGGACGCCGUUUGCUUCCAGUGUUUUGUUUGGUUGGCUUUUUUGGAGAUGGGGUCUUGGGAUGUUGCCCAUGCUGGUCUCAAACCCCUGGGCUCAAGUGAUCCUCCCACCUCAGCCUCCUGAGUAGCUGCGACUACAAGUGUCUGCCACCACGCCCAGCUCUAGUUUUGUUGGUUGGUUGGUUUAAAUCCAGAAAUUUUAGAACAUCCGGGACAAGACAGUUUGAUGAUGGAGACUUUCCCCAGGCAGACUGGUGUGCUGGUGGCUGCUGUACAUAACAAAUCCCCUCCAGGUGGCUUCCAACCGCUGCCUCGUUCUGUGGCUCAGGGAUUUGGGGAGGGCUCAGCCGGGUAGUUCUUUGCCUGGGGUCUUCUUUGAUUUUGGUCACAUGUCUUCUAGGGCUGCAUUCCUGUGAAGGCUUAAUGAAUCAGGUGAGCGGUCCAAGAUGGCUCGCUUGCGCAAUGACGGUUGGCAUUGGCUGUAGGCUUGGGAACUCAUCUGGGUUGAUGGCUGGAGGGGCUGUGUGUCCUCUCGAGAAUGGCAGCUUCAGAGGAGCUGAACUUCUUAAGUGGUAAUUGGCUUCCCCCAGAGAACCAGGCAGAAACUGUGUUACCUUUUUUGAGCUCUUAGCUCAGGAGUCACAGUCACUUAGUGACACUGUAUUCCAUCAAAGUAGUCACAAGCCCACUCAGAUUCAAAGGGAAGGAGCAUGGGCCUCUCCCCGCAGCCCCUUGAUAAAAGGAGUGGCAAGGUCACCUUGGAGAAUAGCAUGGGGGAUGGGAGAUAUUACAGCCAUUUUUGGGAAAUAUCUGCAUAAAAUGAGUUUAUGCAUAUACAUGAAGGACUUUUUUUUUCAUUGACUUUAAGUCGAGGGUUUUUGUUUUUGUUUCUGUUUUGGAGAUGGGUUCUUACUACGUUGCCCAGGCUGGUCUCAAACACCUGGGCUCAGGUGAUCCUGUUGCCUCAGCCUCCCGAGUAGCUGGGACUGCAGGUAUGUACCAGUACACCCAGCUUGUUUCUGUUUUUUAAAUGUUAGGAUAGAUAAUGGUACUUCUGGCUUAAUUAAAUAAUUUUUUAGGGAAAGUAUUGUAUUUAUACAUGCAUAUAUUUUUAUAUAUACACAUAUAUGUAUAUAAAAGUAUAUGUUUUACAUUUUCAAUAUAUAAUAUAUACAUAUAUGUUAUAUACGUGUAUAUAUAUUGCACCCUACUUUAAAACUGACCUGAUAACAAAACUGGUAAUUUUGUAUAAAAUGCCCAACUGUGCUUUAAUAAAAGUAUGUGAAUGACUUUAAUUAAACAGAAGUGAUUCUUUGAAAUGAACAUAUUUCUAUACUGUCCUUCCAAUGUAACACAGAGCGUUUCCAACAGAGUAGCAGGCAAGCACAUUCUUAAGAGAGUAAAGUACAACCAGAGCACAUUCCAAAUGGAAGUUGGCCUUAUAGUUGGUGAGUUCCUCAGAACAACAAAAGCCCAGCUGCAAAGGGUGACUUUGGUCCUGCGUGAGUUCAGUCUCUGGUGAGGAAGCAGCAGUGCUUUCUAGGACCCUGGAGAGUCUGGGAGCCUUGAAGCAGCCAGAUGUGUGAUCCUUACUUGCAGGUGUUGCCUGAGAAUGAUAGACGUGUAUAGCUUUUGGUAGUGCUGGUUCUGGACUGGGAACCUAAAACCUUCAGGAGGACAGUUUCCCUCUAAAGAAUUCACCAGUGUGAAUGUUUUGCAACGAAAGUAACCAUAGCAGUGGGGCAUCACAUGGGAGAAACAGCACCUGGAUGCUGAGAAGGAAGAAGUGGGCUCUUAACCUAAGAGCUGAUCUUCCACCUAAAAGCUGUCAUUGCGUCCCCUUUUAUUGCUGGUAAACUGAUGACAUCAUGGGGUUGGAACUCAUGAUCACCUCCACACUUGGUUCAGUCCAGCUGAUAUAAGAAGCGGAGACAUCACUUCCUAAGGACUGUUUGCUUGUUCCCCAGUUGUAGGAGUAGAAGGUCAGUUUCCCUUGGCAGCAAAUUGCCUUUUUCUUUGAAUUCCUCCUUUAGCAUGAGAAAUGGUCCUGGGAAUGGUCAGUGGGUGCGUUGGUAUUGGGUUUGGUUGCAUCUGACAAAAAUGGCAAAGCAACAGUGACAAUAAAAUAGCUUAUGUUCAAGUGAAAUAGGUCAUUGGUCCAAGGCUUGUGGGGUGGCCCAAGGACCCAGAUUCUUUGUUUCACAUCCUGAUUGUGGCUUUCUUCUUCUGGGUCACUCAUGGUCCAAGGUGACUCUUACACAGCACCAGCCAUCAUGCCCAUAUUCCAGGCAAGAGGAAGGAGUGGGGUGAGGCAAACAGCACACCUUACUGCUUGGUCAGCCCUGUUUAAGGAGAUUUUUGGGAAGCCCUAUCCAACAUCUUAAGUCUUACAAGCCAACAUAACUACAGUUAGUUGUGGAAGUUUUGGGAUUUUAGUUGAGUGCUUUCAUCCCCAAAUGCCAUUGGAAUCCUGUUACUGUGAAAUUAGGGAAACGGUUACUAUGUUGGCAGUUGCCGUCUGCCACAUUGUUUGCAAUCUUCUGUUUUGAAGUGGGAACAUGUGGGAUGGUUUGUGCACACCGGCCAUGGGAAAAAGUGCUCGUGGGUAUGCCAGUUUUGCCUGUGGUCUGAGAAUCUUAGUCUUUCCCAAUGGGGGACUCAGUAAGCUCUGGUUUCUGGUCUUGUGCAGAGCCGGGGACCCAGAGCAGGUGCCAAUGACUCAACUUUGCUGUGUGUUGUAUUUCCUAAUUUUACAUAGAAUCUGGGCUUUGCCUUUUUGUUUUGUUUUUUUGUUUUUGUUUUGAGACAGAGUUACACUCUGUCAUCCAGGCUGGAGUGCAGUAGCUCGAUCUCGGCUCACUGCAGCCUCCACCUCCCGGGUUCAAGCAGUUCUCCUGCCUCAGCCUCCUGAGUAGUUGGAAUUAUAGGCGCCCACCACCGCGCCCAGCUAAUUUUUGUAUUUUUUGUAGAGACAAGGUUUCACCAUGUUGGCCAGGUUGGUCUCAAACUCCUGACCUCAGGUGAUCCACCCACCUUGGCUUCCCAAAGUGUUGGGAUUACAGGCGUGAGCCACUGCACCCGGCCUGAAAUUUGUUUUUUUUAAGCACCCUAUGGAGUGAACCUGGGAGUGGUUUUGUGCAUGGGAACCCUGGAAUAAAACUGUCAGAUUUGCAUGUUGAUCAAUUACUUGCGGCAAGUUUCUCUCUAUAUUUUUCUCCCAUCUGUGAAACGACAACUAUCAGGGAAUUGUGAUCAAGAAAAUUGUAUAGCAUAGAACAUUCCCAGCACAGAAGUGCUUGACAAGGCUGGGAGUGGUGGCUCACACCUGUAAUCCCAGAACUUUGGGAGGCCAAGGCAGGUGGAUCACCUGAGGUCAGGAGUUCUAGUUCAGCCUGGCCAAUAAGGAGAAACCCUGUCUCUACUAAAAAAUACAAAAAUUAGCUGGGCGUGGUGACACCACCUGUAAUCCUAGCUACGUAGGAGGCUGAGGCAGACCAGGAGGCGGAGGUUGCAGUGAGCAGAGAUUGCGCCAUUGCACUCCAGCCUGGGCAACAGAGCGAGACUCCAUUAAAAAAAAAAAAAAAUGUUUAACACUCGUAGGCCAUUUUGCAAGUGAGAAGGGACACAUAGGCACACGUGUCGAUGCAGUAGAGCAUAUGAAAUCAGAGUAAACACCUUCUUAGAUGUCUUACAAUUAGUGCAAAGAAGUAACCCUUAGAGAGGCAAUGUGGCAUGGGUUCCAGAAGGCUGCAUUUUAGCACCAGCCUCAUUAACCACUCUUUUCUUACCUGUCUCUAGGCCUCAGUUUCCUUGUCUGUUAGAUGAGGGGGUUGGCCCAGAUCACCUAAGGAACUUGAAACAAAAAUCAAUCCCUGAGCUCCAUGUCCCAGAGUUUCUAACCUAGGGUGGGACUAUGCAUUGGAAAUUAUUUUCACAUUCCCCAGAGUUCUAAAUGGACAGCCUCAGUGGAGGAGACCCACCAGCCUAGCUUAGCUCUCAGAUUUCAGCUCCGGCUUCCUGGUGUGUGUGUGAGUGUGAGGCAUGUGUGCAGCAGUACUGUUGACACUUGGUUUCUUGAUGGUGUGUGACAAGUAACCCUUUGCAAUUUUACUGAAGGAGACCCAAGUUGAAAGGCAAGCAUGGUUAGCAUUGCACAGGGGAACAGUCACCUGCCUGGAUUUUCUGACUUCGGUAACAUGGAAUGGAGCCUUAAGCAGGUCAGGGCUCUAUCGUGAAACAGAAACCACCCUAGAUAAACAUAAAAAGGCAAAGAAUUGGUGUUCGAAGUGUUGGGAGCAACAUUGGGGAAAGUUACUGAAAGGUUAGUAACCGUAGGGAAGCCACUAACACUGUGUCCACUCAUCCCAUCCAUCAGUCGUUCAGUCGUUAUGUCCAUUUUUUAGGUGAUAGUAGCUUCAAGUUCAGUCUAACCUGACUAUUUGACAUCUUAAGUUAUAAAUUGUAUUUAUGUAAAUUAGUAGGAGAAAAGUUGGUUCAUAUCUGCAAACAUUGUGUGUGUGUAUAUACAUAUAUAUGUGGAGGGUGUUGAGGGUGGAAGCCAAAAAAAAAAAAAAGUCAAACAUACAUAGAAGUAGACUCCUGUGUAAUCCCAGCACCUUGGGAGGCCGAGGCGGGCAGAUCACCAGGUCCAUCCUGGCCAACGUGGUGAAACCCUGUGGAGGGUGUUGGCUUAAAGUCUUUACUGCCCCUUCUAAGUUCCACUCACCCUUUGCCAGCCCCUCAUCUGUUGGGUGGCCUGAACCUUCAUUUGUGAGGGAUCUGAGUCUUUAGCAGGCCUGAGGUCACUGGGUUGUGGUCAUAUUUAAUUAGUUGUUUCUCAAGACCAGUUUUUCUUUUUUCUUUUCUUUCUUUCUUUUUGGAGACAAAAGUUUCACUCUUGUUGCCCAGGCUAGAGUGCAAUGGUGUGAUCUCAGCUCACUGCAACCUCUGCCUCCCGGGUUCAAGUGAUUCUCCUGUGUCAGCCUCCCAAGUAGCUGGGAUUAUAGGUGCCCAUCACCAAGCCCGGCUACUUUUUGUAUCUUUAGUACGGAUGGGGUUUUUCAUGUUGACCAGGCUGGUCUGGAACUUCUGACCUCAGGUGAUCUGCCCUCCUCAGCUUCCCAAAGUGCUUGGAUUACAGGCUUGAGCCAGUGCGCCCAGCCGAGUUUUUUCUUUAUUUAAUGAAAAUAUUCUAGGGAUUGAUGAAAAAUGUGAAAGCCAAAAAAAAAAAAGUCAAACAUACAUAGAAGUAGACUCCUGUGUAAUCCCAGCACCUUGGGAGGCCGAGGUGGGCAGAUCACCAGGUCCAUCCUGGCCAACGUGGUGAAACCCUGUCUCUACUAAAAAAAAUACAAAAAUUAGCUGGGUGUGGUGGCGUGCGCCUAUAGUCCCAGCUACUUGGGAGGCUGAGGCAGGAGAAUUGCCUGAACCCAGGAGGUGGAGGUUGCAGUGAGCUGAGAUCGUGCCACUGCACUCCAGCCUGGCACCUGGCAACAGAACAAGACUCUGUCUCAAAAAAAAAAAAAAAAGCAGUAGACUCCUGUAACAAACUCCUACCUAAUAUAACCUGGCUUCAGGAAUUAUUGAUAUUUUGCCCAUUUUGUUGUAUUUAUUCCACUUUGUUCCCUUAAAAUAUUUUAAACCAAAUCCUAGCUAUCAUGUCACUCAUAAAUAUUUUAAUAAAUAUGAUAACAGAGGACAUCUUAGAAAAUGAACCACCCACAAUGCCUUCUCAGGUCCAUAGAUGAUUUUCUCAGAUUGUCUCAAAGGUGUCUUCACAAAGUUUGAAUCAAAAUCAAAAUUGUUCAUUGCAUUUGGUUGAUAUGCUUUAAGCCUCCUUUAGUCUUAACAGUUCUCCCUACCAAAAAAAAAAAAAAAAGAAGUUGAAAAACUGGAUCAUUUAUUCAUUGAACAUUUCAUAUUCUCUGGAUUUAGCAAGAAGUAUCUUCAUGGUGGCAAUUUCUUCAUUCUCCCCCCCCACCCCCGCACCGCCUCGCCAUGUUUUCUGUGAAUUAAUCAGAUCUGGAGGCUUGACUAAAAACCAGGUUCUCCUUCCCCACCCCUCACAAGAAUCCUUUGUUGGUGAUGUGGUGCCCUUCCCUCUGUAUCGCAGUCACACUGUUGUCUGGUUGUUCUAGUUUUAUUGUUAAAUGUCAGAAGUCAUCAAUUUCGUUGCUAUCAGGUGGAUUCACCAUUAUAAAAGUCCUGUUGCUCUUACAUGUAGCAGUUUAAACAUUCCUUGAUGACAAUUGCCUAGAUACGUAAUUAGUUGAAAAAUGAUGAUUUUUUGGUGGGGAGGGUGACUUUUAUUUUGAAAUGAUUUGACUUUAAGUUGCAAGAACAACACAAAGGUCUUGCACGUCACCUUCACCCGAGUUCUCUAGUUGUUAACGUUGGAUCAUACCUACUUUGUCAUCUUCUCUCAAUAACUAUAAUGUCACAACAACUGGGUUUUUUUAAUGAACCAUUUGUGACUAAUUUGUAUAUAUCAUGUCCCUUAUACCUGAACCUGUGUGUUUCCUCAAAACGAGGACCUGCUCCGACAUACCGCAGUGGUUAUCAGAAUUAGAAUUUGGCAGUAGAGUACUGUUAAUAGCCAGGUUUCAUUGAUAUUCCACCAGUUGUUCCAUUACUUUUUUUUUUUCAGACAAGGUCUCACUUUGUCACCCAAGCUGGAGUGCAGUGGCCUGACCAUAGCUUAUUGCAGCCUUGAACUCUUGGGCCCUAGCCAUUCUCACCUCAGCCUCUUGAGUCCCUGGGACUAUGGGUACAUGGCACCACGCCCAACUAAUUAUUAUUAUUACUUUUUGGUGGAGACAGAGUAUCUCUGUGUUGCCCAGGUUGGUUUCGAACUCCUGGCCUCAAGCAGUCCUUACACCUUGGCUUUUUUUUUGAGAUGGAGUCUUGCACUGUCACCCAGGUGGAAGUACAAUGGGGCAAUCUCGGCUCACUGCAACCUCUGCCUCCCGGGUUCAAGCGAUUCUCCUGCCUCAGCCUCCUGAGUAGCUGGGACUACAGGAGCUACUGUAGUCCUAUAGGAACACCACACCCAGCUAAGUUUCUGUAUUUUUAGUAGAGACAGGGUUUCACUAUGUUGGCCAGGCUGAUUUUGAACUCCUGACCUCGUUAUCCACCCACCUCGGCCUCCCAAAGUGCUGGGAUAACAGGCAUGAGCCACUGCGGCCAGCCACCACUAAUAUUUUUAAUAAAAGAAAAAGGCACCGGAUGUCAUCCAUGAUCACUUUCUGUAUUUAGUUGUCAUGUUUUUGAGUCUCCCCUAAUCUGGAAGUUCCUCUGUCUUACUCUUUCACACCUUAACCAGAGUGGAAGGCAGUUGUUUUUUUAGAAUGCCCUGCGUUUGGAUUGCCUGAUGUUUUCUCAUGAUUUGACUGUGAUUAUGCAGUUUUGACAGGAAUACUACAGAAGUGAUGUUAGUCCUCCGUCCAUCACACCAGGAGACAUGAAGUCAGUUUGAGCCACGCUGGUGAUAUUUACUUGCUUCAGAUUUCUCUACUGUAAAGUAGUGAUGCUUGUCUUUAUGGGAGACACUGUUGAGACAGCAUUUCGCCAUCAAGCUUUUAUCCACGCAGAUUUAACGUUCACUGAUGAUUUUUUUUUUUUUUUUUUUUUGAGACAGAGUCUCGCUGUGUCACCCAGGCUGGAACACUGUGGGGCAAUCUCGGCUCACUGCAGCCUCCGCCUCCCAGGUUCAAGUGAUUCUCUUGCCUCAGCCUCCUGAGUAGCUGGGACUACAGGUAUGCAUCACCACACCCAGAUAAUUUUUGUAUUUUUAGUAGAGAUGGCAUUUCAUCAUGUUGGCCAGUAUGGUCUCGAGCUCCUGACCUUGUGAUCCACCUGCCUCGACCUCCCAAAGUGCUGGGAUUACAGGUUGAGCCACCGUGCCGGGCCCCAUUGAUGAUUCCUAAUGGAGCAUUUACCAAGGUGCUUGCCAAGCAUUCCUUUUACAUUGAUUACAGCCUUCUAUAAGGAAGACUUUUUGUUUUUGUUUUUGAAACAGAGUCUCUCUCUGUCAUCCAGCAGUUGCAUUCAUUUUGUAGGAUGUGUCCACUGUGGCCAAGGACCACACCCUUCUUUUGGUAGCCGUAUGUUUGCUUGACAUGUUUUGUGGACCUGCACUCAGUAACUACUUCCUGGAAUAACUGAUAUGUUUUGAGAAAAUUUUCAGUAUUUACCAAGAAUCUACGUUUUAAAGUAAGUUAAAUUCUGUAUUUUUUUCACCACAGUUUACCAGAUUAACUUUUUUUUUUUUUCUUUUUUGAGACGAAGCUUUUGUUCUUGUUUCCCAGGCUGGAGUACAAUGGUGCAAUCUCUGCUCACCACAACCUCCACCUCCCGGGUUCAAGCAAUUCUCCUGCCUCAGCCUCUCGAGUAGCUGAGAUUACAGGCAUGUACCACCAUGCCCGGCUAAUUUUGUAUUUUUAGUAGAGAUGGGGUUUCUCCAUGUUGGUCAGGCUUGUCUUGAACUGCUGACCUCAGGUGAUCCGCCCGCCUCGGCCUCCAAAGUGCUGGGAUUACAGGUGUGAGCCACUGCACCCAGCUAGAUCAUUUUAUCUUUGCCAUCCAUGGCAGGGUUUGCAUCCACCUGGCCUCUGGCAGUUCAGUGCUGCCACUUGGCCUCUGCUGCUUUGGAAUCAUACCUUUCCUCUGAAAUCGGUGAUCCCAUCACCAACUCUGGCUGGUAAAGAGCAGUCACCGCCUCUCUUUCUACAGUUGCCAGUCUUAACUCACGCAUCUCUUAGUGCCUCCAUGAAGAGUGUACUUUGGGACCUACUGAGAACUUAGUGGGCUUGGUGAAUGUGUGAGUCACUGAAGAUAAGCCCACCCCCACACUCCUUCUUACUGAGCCAUUGGUAUCCCCUCUUCGUUAUGUUAGGCUUCUUGACUUCAUUGCAUCUAGGCUAGUAUUGAGCCUAGGUUUUGGUCAGCCAUCCAACAGGGCUGCUCCUGGAUGCUUAGGCUGAGACAGUACAGUGAGGCUCCGCUAAGCACGCUCCUGUCUAUAAUGUGGGCUGAUCGAAUGUCAUACAUCCUGCCUGUUCAGUCAGACAGCUUGGAAUUCAUCCCCACCCUGGGUUUCUAUUCAUGUAAGUUAGAAUUCGUAUCUUACUUGAUACUUAGUGACUAAUUUAUUGCUGGUCUAAAUUAACAGUAGUUUUAGUUUGUACUACUUCCUCCUAAGUCAGACUUCCUGCUUGCUCUCCUAGGAAUGCUGGUACCUGAUUCUAGUUCUGGAUAUGGAGGCAAGGAGAAGUUGUUAGUGGGGGUCAUGGCAACACCCUAAACUGGGGUUGUCCCUUGAAGCAACCCUAUUUUCUUGUAAGGGAACUUAACAGAUGUGAUUAUUCUUAUUCAAACAAGAAAAGGCUAUUCAGACGGGAGAAUCACCUGCUGCUUCUGCAGGGGAGGCCUGAAGAUUUGUGGGUGGAAGAUCCUCAUAUUUCUAUUGUAACUCUCAAGAUCUCCUUUCCAAUCAGUGCCUUAAGUUUCACCUAAGGGAACUGGCAAGGUUAUGAAUUCACCGUGACAUUGUAGUUCUGCAACAUGCAUAAUUACAUUUUGGGACUGAUUUGCUGCCAAUUAUGCUAUUUGCUACAAAAAAAAAAUCUUGGCUGGAUGUGAUGCCUCAGCUGUAAUCCCAGCACUUUGGGAGACCAAGUUGGGCAGAUCACUUGAGCCCAGGCAUUCGAGACCAGCCUGGGCAACAUGGUGAAACCCUGUCUGUACAAAAAAUACAAAAACUAGCCAGGCAUGGUGGCGUGCACCUGUAGUUCCAGCUACUUGUGAGGCUGAGGUGGGAGAGUGACGAGCCCAGGAGUUUGAGGCUGCAGUGAGCUGAGAUCAUGCCACUGCAUUCUAGCCUGCACAACGGGAGUGAGACCUUGUGUUACCAAAAAAAAAAAAAAAAAAAAAAAAUAAGAUCUUUAAAAGACUAUCCUAGAAAUGCUCUUGUACUCUGAUCAUGCCUUGACCUUAGAAUUUAAAGCCCUGAGCUUGUCAUUCUUUCUGUGAGCAUGCUGUAAAAAGUAGCCAGUUUAAGCCAGGCGCGGUGGCUCAUGCUUGUAAUCCCAGCACUUCCGGAGGCCAAGGUGGGUGGAUCACAAGUUAGGAGUUGAGACCAGCCUGACUAAUGUGGUGAAACCCCAUCUCUACUAAAAAUACAAAAAAAAAUGGCCAGGUAUGGUGGAGGGCACCUGUAAUCCCAGCUACUGGGGAGGCUGAGGCUGGAGAAUCACUUGAACCUGGGAGGCGGAGGUUGCAGUGCACCCCAGCUGGGGCAACAGAGUGAAACUGUCAAAAAAAAAAAAAAUGUAGCCAAUUUACUUCACUAUCCUUUUGCUCAUAAUCACCACCAUAAACGUCAAGUGCAGCAUCCUUGAUCCUUUAAAUCUUGUCUUCAGUGGAUCCUUCAUACUGAAUGACCACAAAUAUUUAUAUAUUGACAUGCCAUAUAUUGCUGGUAUCUCAUAUUCCACUGGCAGUGAGGUCUUCACUGCAUUCAAGCUCAAGCCAGAAACAGAUCUCUGAGGGUCUGUUUUCUGGGGCCAUUACAAGCACCAAGUAUGAUAUUGUACUGAUCAGAGUCUGACUAGGAAACAGAGACAACUGUAAGUUUUUCAGACAGAAGAGAUUUAACACAGGAAUUUGUUACAACAAUGUUUAAAGGACUGAAGGAGCAAAAGAGAGAAGGUAAGUUUACUCAAAAAUCAGUCACUUUAGGCCAGGCACAGUGGCUCAUGCUUUUAAUUCCAGCAUUUUGGGAGGCCAGGGCAGGUAGAUCACAAGGUCAGGAGUUUGAAACCAGCCUGGCCAAGAUGGUGAAACCCCGUCUCUACUAAAAAUACAAAAAUUGCCGGGUGCGGUGGCUCACAGCUGUAAUCCCAGCACUUUGGGAGGCCCAGAUGGGUGGAUCACGAGAUCAAGAGAUCGAGACCAUCCUGGGCAACAUGGUGAAACCCUGUCUCUACUAAAAAUAUAAAAAAUUAGCUGGGCACGGUGGUGCGUGCCUGUAAUCCCAGCUACUCAGGAGGCUGAGGCGGGAGAAUUGUUUGAACCCAGGAGGCGGAGGUUGCAGUGAGCCGAGAUCGCACCAUUGCACUCCAGCCUGGGUAAUGAGAGCAAAACUCCGUCUCCAAAAAAAAAAAAAAAAAAAAAAAUUAGCCAGGCAUGGUGGUGGGUGCCUGUAAUCCCAGCUACUCGGGAUGUUGAAGCAGGAGAAUCGCUUGAACCCAGGAGGCAAAGGUUGCAGUGAGCCGAGAUUGCACCAUGGCACUCCAGUCUGGUGACAGAAUGAGACUCCGUCUCAAAAAAAAAAAAAUAAAUAAAAUCGCUUUAGGCCAGACGUAGUGGCUCACACUUGUAAUCCCAGUGCUUUGGCAGACCAAGGCAAGGAGGAUGACUUGAGCACAGGAACUCAAGCCAGCCUGGAUCACAAAACGGUGAGACCCCAUCUCUACAAAAAAAAAAAAAUUAUUCAGUCUCAGCUACUCAAGUGGCUGAGGUGGGAGGAUUGCUUGAGCCCAGGAGUUAAGGCUGCAAUGAGCUAAAAUUGUGCCCUGUGCUCCGGCCUGGGCAACAAAGAAAGAUUCUGUCUCAAAAAAAAAAAAAAAAAGACAACACGCUGGGCGAGUUGUCUCAUGCCUGUAAUCCCAGCACUUUAGGAGGCCAAGGCCAGCAGAUCAUUUGAGAUUGGAAGUUCAAGACCAGGCUGGCCAACAUGGCGAAACCUAUCUGUACUAAAAAUAAAAUCAGCAGGAUGUGGUGACAGGCACCUGUAAUCCCAGCUACUAGGGAGGCUGAGGCAGGAGAAUCACUUGAACCUGGGAGGUGGACGGUGGUUGCAGUGAGCUGAGAACAUACCACUGCACUCCAGCCUGGACAACAGAGUAAAGUCUCAAAAAAAAAAAAAAAUGAGUCACUGUAACUAGGAAAUCGAUAAGACCCUGGACUGAGGAGCAGAAAUCACUCAGAGGCCAGAACACUGUCCACUAAGGCUCCUGGUGUCACAGUCCAGCUGCUUUAGGAGGAUUCAGGAGCCUACACUUCUAGCCUUCUGUUGCUGUCCCUGCAGCCGCCAGCACCUUUUUGUCACUGAUGUUGCUCUAGCCAGUGCUGCUGCUACCACCCAAGAAAUCAGAAAUCUGAAGCAGAGUCACAUCUCCCUUCCCACCUUCCAUCUUCCAUCCCUGCCUUCCACUGGCAGACUCCAACAGGCAGGCAGCUGGCAAGAGAGUGUCAGGAGUGUGAUGGGGGAUCUGAUUCUGCGUGGCCUUGCUACAGUACGUGGCAGAGCACAGAAAGAGGGGCAGGGGGUGAGAGCAAACAAGAUAAGAAAUGAGAGAAUGAUGGCCAGGCACAGUGGCUCACACCUGUAAUCCCAACACUUUGGGAGGCUGAGCCAAGUGGAUCACCUGAGGUCAGGAGUUUGAGACCAGCCUGGCCAAUAUGGUGAAACCCCACCUCUACUAAAAACACAAAAAUUAGCUGGGUGUGGUGGUGCAUGCCUGUGGUGCCAGCUACCCAGGAGGCAGGAGAAUCCCUUGAACUCGGUGUUAUAACCGAGCGAGUCAGAAGGAAAGCGCCACACUCUGAGUUCCAAUUCAGAGUCAGCUCACGCUCAAAAUCUCUCGGCCUGGAGGAAGAAGGCUGAUUCUUUUUUAUCCCUUGCUUAAGAUAGAGGAGGAGGAGUCCAGCUGAAGCGGGAUUUACAGAAGCAGAACAAGCAAGUUAGAUAAGGAGGCUGGUAAGUAGGAGGCAGGAGGUUCCCAUGAUUGUUGAUUACUAAGGGUGGGUAUUCGGUACUUGUCAUACAGUCAAGGAGAGUAUUCACAAUAGCAAGUGGGCUUGCCAAGCAGGAUAUGGUUACAAUGGUUAUAUGCCUCUAUAGUUCUAAGCACAGCAUGACCCAGCACAACAGCAUGACCCAGGUAUGCACUCAAGGGAUAAAUGGUGGGAGGGGUGAGGCAGAGGAUACGAUGGAGUCCGGCUCUCAGCAAGAUGGAGUCUGUCAGGCUAACACAAGGUAGAUUAGCACACUCAGGAGGCGGAGGUUGCAGUAAGCUGAGGUCGUGUCUCUCCACUCCAGCCUGGGUGAUGGAGUGAGACUUAGUCUAAAAAAAAAAGAAAUGAGUGAGAAAAUAUUCAAUGUUAAUGUAUCCCAGAAGCUCCUGCUGCGAGGCUCAGCAUGGUGCUGGAUUCCGGGACUGCACUGGUGAACACAGAAAGCCCCCACUAUCCUUGAACAAUCACAGGGUGGAGACAGACAAGAAAACCAACCCUUCAUCUGAAGGCACCAUUACCUAUAUCUGACAAAGGAUUUUUUAUCUGGAAUAUACCAAAAACUCUAAAAACAAAUUUUAAUAUGUAGACCACCCUAAAAAAUACAUAGGCAAAAAAAAAAAAAAUGGAGCAGACCCUUCACAAAAGUGAAUAUUCCUGGGGCCAAUAAAUAUGGAAAGAUGCCCAACUUUAUUAGUCACAGAAAUGCAAAUUAAAACUAAUAAGACACACUACAUACCUAUCAGAAUGACUAAAAAGACUGGCAAUCGCUAGUAUGAAUGAAGAUGUGGAGCACUGGAACUCUCCAGCUGCUGAUGAGACCAGAGACUGCAACACACACUUUGGAGACUGCUUAGCAGUAUCUAGAGAAUCUAAGCAUGUACUUACCCUUGACCUAGCUAUUCCAUCUUCAGUUAUACAACCAAGGGAAAUUAACACCUACCUCCACAAAAAAGACAUGCGCACGAGUAUUCACAAGAGCUGCAAUCAUAAAAGCCCAAACCUAGAAACAAUUCAGAUGGGUAAGGAUAAAUACAUGGAUGGAGUGAAGAAGAGAAUGGGUAAACAUUGGCAUAGUCAUGUAAUCGAAUACUAUUCAGCAGGAAAAAUGAAUGAGCUACGGCUACACACAACAUGGAUGAAUCUCACCGACACUGUGGUAUGAACAUAGCUGGACACGAGUUCCUAUGAGUCCAUUUUUUGGAGUAGACCAAUGAAGCUGUGGAGGUAGAAGAUGGAAGAGCACCUUGGGAGUAUGACUGGGGUGGGCACAGGGAACUCUGCUACUGUGCUGGGAAGGGUCUCUACUGAUUUGGGUGGUGUUUGCAAACACUCUAUUGAUUUGGGUGUGUAUGUAUAGAAAAGCUCAUCAAUCUGUAAACAUAAGGUUUGUCAGCUGGAUGCUGUGGCUCACACCUGUUAUCCCAGCACUUUGGGAGGCUGAGGCAGGUGGAUCACCUGAGGUCAGGAGUUCAAGACCAGCCUGGCCAACAUAGAGAAACCCCGUCUCUACUAAAAAUACAAAAUUAGCCAGGUGUGGUGGCGCAUGCCUGUAAUCCCAGCUACUCAGGAGGCUAAGGCAGGAGAAUCACUUGAACCUGGGAGGCAGAGGUUGCAGUGAGCCAAGAUCACACCAGUGUACUCCAGCCUGGGCAACAGGAGUGAAACUCCAUGUCAAAAAAAGAUUUGUGUGCUUUAUAGAAUGUGUUGUUCCUCCAAAAAUUAACCAAAAGUACAAGGUAAUUUCAUAUAAAUACACACACUAAGAAGAAAUUAAAAGUGAAGUGAUGGGGGAAGGGGCUGACUUAGCAAGCUGAGGUGAAGCUGAGGCUUGAAGGGAAGGGGUGGCCAGGUCAUGGGCACAGGGACUGCCUGUCGGGAGAGGGAGGGGAACACGAAAAGGCCUAAGGCAGGAUCAGGUGUGUUCGUUGGGGGAGCCUCCUCAAGGCUAGUGGACUGAAACAGCGUGGGGUAGGGAGCUGAGCAGGUCCCAGGCAAGCCCAUAUCGCAGCGGGAAACCGUCAUGGUAUGAAAGGGGAGCUCUGGCAGAACUCUGAGGGCUCGGACGUCAGAAGUGAGGGAAAGAGAGACCUCUGAUGACUUCAGUGUGUGGCUAGGACGUCUGGGAGGGGAGAUUGGGGUUCCAUUGACUGAGUGAGGGAAGAGGCACUGGAGUCAAGAUUUGCGUUUGACACUGUAAGUCCGAGUCACUCAUUAGAUGCCCCUUGGAGCUGCUGAGGCACAGUGGGCUGUGGGGCCAAGUUCUGAGCCAGGCCCAAUGGAUGUUGUGAGUGUACAGAGGUCUAGGGGAGCAGAGAGCAGAGGAGGAGACAGGAGCAUUUUAGGAGACUAGAGCCGCCCAAGGGUUUGGAUCAAAACUGCUUUAAACAUGCUUCUUCAGCCAGGUGUGGUGGCUCACGCCUGUAAUCCCAGCACUUUGAGAGGCUGAGGCAGGCGGGUCACCUGAGGUCGGGAGUUCAAGACCAGCCUGACCAACAUGGAGAAACCCUGUCUCUACUAAAACUACAAAAAAUUAGCCAGGCGUGGUAGCACUUGCCUGUAAUCCCAGCUGCUCAGGAGGCUGAAGCAGGAGAAUCACUUGAACCCGGGAAGUGGAGGUUGUAGUUAGCUGAGUUUGCGCCAUUGCACUCCUGCCUGGGCAACAAGAAUGAAACUCCAUCUCAAAAGAAUAAAAAAAUAAAUAAAAGUGCUUCUUCAACCAGCACUGAGUGCCUACUCCUGGCCAGGCAUGGAGAGCCCAGGGGUGAGCGGGGUCCAGCCUGUGUUCAGUGCUGCCUGCUUCAGGCCAAAUUUCCUGGAGCCCGGGCCACGGCACUAACAUGCAGAUUCCCGGGCCUACCCAAGCCCCACUGAAACACAGUGGCCAGAGGCAGUUGCAAGUUUCAAGUUCCCUGGGUGAUUAUUUUGCAUAAGAAAGUUUGAAAACCUUCCACUUUCAGUGGUCCAGGAGUAAGUGAGGGAGGUCUCUGUGUGCUGCGGGUGGAGAGACAGAGCACAAGCAAUUUCCUCUUUCCAAGAGUGGGGCUGCUCCCAGGUUCAGGAAAGCAUGUCUGUUCUGUGAGCUCUUGCUGUGUAUGUGUGUGUGUGUGUGUGUGCGUGUUGUGUGUGUGUGUGUGCGUGUGUGCGCGCACGGGGGGCGGGCACGGUGUCCCAGGAGGACAGAGUUUGCAUUGAUGAAAACCUUUCCCAGCCCUUUGAUGCCUUUCUCACUGCCCUGAAGUUAGCCAGCCCAGGCUUCCGAGCGUCCCGCCCGCCGCUGCGCUCACUCCUGGCCAGGAUGGUCUCCUGUCUGGCCCUGCGCAUGGCGCUGCUGCUGGUCUCUGGGGUUCUGGCCCCUGCGGUGCUCACAGAUGAGGGUCCGCAGGAGCCCGUGCCCACGCUGUGGAACGAGCCAGCCGAGCUGCCGUCGGGAGAAGGCCCUGUGGAGAGCACCAGCCCCGACCGGGAGCCCGCGGACACCGGUCCCCCAGCCCCCACCGCCGCGCCAGGACCCGAGGACAGCACCGCGCAGGAGCGGCUGGACCAGGGCGGCGGGUCGCUGGGGCCCGGCGCCAUCGCGGCCAUCGUGAUCGCCGCCCUGCUGGCCACCUGCGUGGUGCUGGCGCUCGUGGUCGUCGCGCUGAGAAAGUUUUCCGCCUCCUGAAGCCAAUAAAGGGGCCGCGCCCGGCCGCGGCGCGAAUCGGCUGCUCUCC